AUGAAUCCUCCAGACUUCACUGGUUCGAGUGUCAAUGAGGAUCCGGAAAACUUUGUGGAAGAUUUGCAGAAAGUAUUUGAUGUAAUUCAUGUUGCAGAUGCUGAGCUUCAGAAGAGUAGUGCAAACCGGUCUUCUUUUCAACACAAGCCAAAUGGACUUGCUCCAUCAUCUGCUAGUGCACCUACACCAAGGAACAAAGGUGAGUUCAAGAAUCAGAAUUUGCAGAACUUCAGAGCUAGACCUGCUCAGUCUCAAGGUAAUGUGGCACAAAGAGAGUGCCCUAAGAAUAGGAAGGGUAAUGGCAAUGGGGGCAAUAGAGCCCAAUCUUCUUUAGUGGCUCUACCAGACAGAGUUGCACCUAGAGGAGCUACUUCAGGAACAUGCAGAGGAGCAAACCAUUUGUAUGCUAUCACCAGUUGCUAA